AUAUAUAUAUAUAUAUAUAUAUUACGUAAUUGCAAUAUUAAAAUAAAAUAUAUUUUAUUUUCAUUAAAACUGUUGGUAGUUCUAGUGUUAACGUGUACUUUAGAUGUCUAAAAACAAUAUGCACUUGGUCCCAAAGCAAAAAAAGAUUUGAAAUAUGUCAAAAUCUUGGUUUUACCGAAGCAGUGAGAAUGUGACACUGUAGCGCUUAUCAAAUCGUAGCGGACGGCACCGCACCGUGAAGUUAAAUUGUAGGUUAAGUGGUUAAGUAGCAACAUGCCGUCAAAUAAUAAGUGUUAUUAUUCUGGAUGUAAUAAUACAAAAAAAUCACGACCUGAUUUGGUAUUUCAUCGGUUUCCCACAGAUAAAGAAAAAUUGUUAAUAUGGAUUCAAUGUUCCGGUCAUCAAGAUGAUAAUGAAGCUGACGAUUCACAAUGGAAUCAUCGCUUGAUUUGUUCAAACCAUUUCAGUCAAGAGGAUUACAUGCCAGGAUGCAGACCAAUUUUAAAUAAAAAUGCAGUACCCAAGGAUUUCGAGGAGUUACACACAGUAGUGAUUAAUAAUAAUAUAAAUAACGAUAUUAAUGAUUAUAACGAUGACACUGAUAAUGUAAAUAAUACUAUUAAUUCACGAUUGAAUUUUGACAUUAAUUGUGACAGUAAUGAAUGUCCAAAUUCAUCUGACGAGUUUCAAGAACAUACAAAUAGUAACAAUGAUAUUGAUAGAGAAUCAAUUAUAAUGAAAGAUCUUGAUAAUGCACGUUUAAUUAUUAAAAAACUACGAAGAAGAAAUUGUGCAUUACGACAAAGAUAUGCUCGUUUAAUACGUAAAAAACCCCCCAAAAAAUGGAAUCAUUUACAUCUACUUUCAUUGGCAAGGACAGUAAUUAAAAAUAAAAAAACAUUAUUUAUAGUAGAAAUGCAAAUUAGUCAUUUGAAAAAAAAAAGUUGGUCGGAUGUUGAGAAAAAUUUGGCUCUUUCCCUUUAUCAAUUAAAUUCAAAAUGUUAUAAAUUUUUGCGAAAUGAAUGCAAUAUGGCUUUGCCAUGUGUUACUCUCAUUCGUAAAUGGAUAAAUGAAUUGCAAACAUUCUAGCGUUAUAAAUAAGAAUGUUUAUAUUUAAAAUAUUUGUAGUCUUUUGUUAAAAUGUAAUAUAUUAUA